CGCGGCGCCGUGUCCUUGUUCCACGUGCUGGUGACUGAGCUGGUGUUCACCGACCUACUCGGGACCUGCCUCAUCAGCCCGGUGGUGCUGGCUUCGUACGCGCGGAACCAGACGCUGGUGGCCCUGGGGCCCGACAGCCGCGCGUGCACCUACUUCGCCUUCACCAUGACCUUCUUCAGCCUGGCCACGAUGCUCAUGCUCUUCGCCAUGGCCCUGGAGCGCUACUUCGCCAUCGGCCACCCCUACUUCUAUCAGCGCCGCUUCUCGCGCCGCGGGGGCCUGGCCGUGCUCCCGGCCAUCUACGCCGCGGCCCUGCUGCUGUGCUCCCUGCCGCUGCUCGGCUACGGCCAGUACGUCCAGUACUGCCCCGGCACCUGGUGCUUCAUGCGCCACGGGCGCACGGCUUACCUGCAGCUCUACGCCACCGUCCUGCUGCUGCUCAUCGUGGCGGUGCUCGCCUGCAACUUCAGUGUCAUCCUCAACCUCGUCCGCAUGCACCGCCGAGGCCGGAGGAGCCGCUGCGGACCCUCGUCCUCGAGCUGCGGCCCGGGGCCCCGCAGGAGAGCGGAGCGGCUGUCCGUGGCGGAGGAGGCGGACCACCUCAUCCUCCUGGCCAUCAUGACCAUCACCUUCGCCGUCUGCUCCCUGCCCUUCACGAUCUUUGCAUAUAUGAAUGAAACCUCUUCCCGGAAGAAAAAGUGGGACCUCCAAGCACUUAGAUUUUUAUCAAUUAAUUCAAUAAUUGACCCUUGGGUCUUUGUCAUCCUCAGGCCUUCUGUUCUGAGACUCGUGCGUUCUGUCCUGUGUUGUCAGACCCCGUUAAGGACACAAGAUGUAACACAGACUUCCUGUUCUACGAAGUCCAAUGCUAGUAAGCAGGGUGAACUUUGUGGACAGUUGUGAGGAUGCACUUUGCUAUGCAGCAUCUGGGGGAUCCUUUGGAAGUGGCUCCUUGGAGAAAUGUAAAAGGCUAGCAUAUAAACAGAACGAAACUGCCCUAUUAAAUGUUCCACAGUGGUUUGGGUUACAGGAGUGCUGAUGCGAUACUUCACAGAGGCAUCUGCAGAACCUCGCCUCGACUGACCCAGUGGCCUUUUGCUGUGAGCUUUCCUGUUCCAUGACAAAGAUGGUGUGUAGUUUGCAUAACACCCUGCAGAGUUACUGUCUCUCCUGUGUUAAUGUCUACCCUGCUGCUAUUAUAAACAGUGUAGAGUCAGACCAAGUGAAACUCAUGUGUCUUCUCUAGGAGAUCAACAUGCAGAAGGGCUGGGGAUUGGCUCAGUGCUUCCACCGCCUCCCUCACAAAUGCAAAGUUCCAAGUUCGAUUCCCAGUACCAAAAAACAAAACAAAAACAAAAACAAAAAACCAAAAAACAUGCAGAAGCUGCUGUGUUGUAAUUGCCUAAGGGAUGCUUUGUUUGGACAGUGAUGUCAGAAGUCAUUAGCACCUUGUACUGUUAUGUAUGCAGCUGUGGGACCACACUCUGGUCACUAUUGCUCUUUUUUGUUUUGUUUUGUUUUGUUUGGUACCAGGGAUCAAACUCAGGCUCUUGCCCUUCCGAGGCAGGUAGCACAACCACUGAGCCAAACCCCCCCGCCCUUGGUCACUAGUACUUUUUUCAGGACAGACUCCAUUGGUUAGUGUCAGGUUGUUACACCCGCCCUUUAGGAAUUCUGUGUCUGAUUGUCCGUCCAGUUAUUUAUUUCCUAAUAUCUACUGUACUGAUAUUAAUCGAGAAGGUUGUAGGGAUUUUCUUCUCAAAAAGAAAUAAUAAAAAGGCUGUUAAGACAGUUAAUUCUGAUUAAUACUCUUCAUUCUAUUUCUAGGGGAGGAUGUAUAUUGGCUUUUGAAGCCAAGUAUCAGGAUUAAAAAUUGAAAAUUUUAGUCCAUUCUUCAUAUAUCCUGGAGCUCUUUUGAGUUGAUAUUAAGGCCAUGACUAAAAUAUACUUUUUAAGAUGACUGUUGCAGCAAAAUUCAUCUGUCUGUGCUUUUAUUUAGGGAACAUGGUUUGACUCAUAUGAUAUAAGAAAUCACGUAACAGUGAGUCAUAUCUUAAUAUAUUUCUAAAUGUUUGCCAUAGUGUAUACUCAGCACCAAAAUAUUUCGGCAAAUUUACACAGUUUAAUCACAGUGACUGUGUAAACUCAUGUGCAGUGUUACAAAAAGAAACCCUAAAACAAAGUUUAAAAAUGGAAUCUUGGAUGAACUCCUCCAAUAACAUUUUACAAUUUUAAACGAGAUAAGAGUGGAAAUGUUAGAUGUGAUGCGGCAAGUGUUUUGGUUUUGGUUUGGUUUGGUUUGGUUUUGUUGGCAACUGAAGGAUGAACCUAGGGCCUGACACCUACUAAAGAAGAUCUCUGCCCCUGAGCCGCCCUCCUACAGCCAAACUGGCAGGUUUCUAAAGUGUGACUGCAUCAAAAAUUAGAGUAUAAAAUGUGCAAUAGAGUACUCGGUAUUGCAAGUUUUUCUAUCAGUUUUCAGUCUUCCAGCAUGAUCUUUAAAAUAGUAGAACCACUUUAUUUUUUUUUUUUGCGGAGUGCUAUUAUGAGUGUUAUUUAAAAAAGAGGAUGUUAGUGUUUUCCCAAGUCUCAGUGGAUUAUUUACUCAAAACUAUUUCCUAUAAUUAGCUAUCAAACUAGAUGGUCGCUUAACAUGACUCCAAACCAAUCUAGAUAUCAUAGUAUUCUGACACAAGCAAUCUAUGUCAAAUCAGCACUUACUUUAAAAAGAAUAAAUAAAUGACCUGCAUUUGUACAAAUCUAAACAAGCCAGGCAAACUUUAACUUUACUGAAAUCUAGACAGAAAAAUAAAUCUUCCCAGUCUAACAUUAAAUGACAUUCGAACAGGCAUUCUAACAUUAAAAUUUUAUUCUAAACAAGACUAAUUAGGCCCAUGGGUAAUUCCUAAACAUAAAAUUCUGAAGUUACUUUGAAUCUGGAAGAUUGAUUCCUUCUAUCAGAUGACUUUUAAAAUCUCAGAAUGAAAAUGUUUACCUACAAUCCUUCACUGCCCCCAAAAUUCCAGAAUAAUGUCUGAGAAUUUAAAAACACUGGACAUAAUAUCACUAGUAGGAGCAAGAUUUACCAUGAGAGCCUUGAACAGAAGAAUUUAAGUCAUUUAAUUAAGAAUUAGUAGAUUUCUAGAACUUGUGUCCUCGUGUGUCCUAGUUCCUUUGAGUAUGUUCAGUAACUAACUGAACUUUAUUUGCAUCAGUACAGACAUAGAAGAAACUGAAAGUAAAAAUCCUAUGCAGUGGUCCAUCACUUAUCAUUAAGGGCACUUUAAAGGUAACUUAGGUGAGGUGUAAAAUUUUCCUUUGUAAAAAUCCUAUCAGGGCCGGAGAUUUAGCUCAGUGGUGCCGCUGCCUGCCUCAGAAGCAAAAGUCCUGAGUUCGAUCCCUGGUACAAAAAAAAAAUUCUAUCACAUCAGCCAUACCUGCUAAGAUUAUUGAUUUCAAGGUAAAUAAGAGAAACAGUGCUUAUCCUAAUACAUUCAAGAAGUACACUGUGAUAAAAGAAGAUCUAGAUUUUAUUCUUUGCCUCCCACAGUCAAUAGGAUUCAAAGGGAGAAAACUAAAAGGAAUUUUCACCUGAGAAUGCCGGCCUCCAUUUUAGGUGCCCUGAAUAGAUCCCAGAUGUCUGUUCCAAGCUCAGUUGUUCCUAGGUAGCUCGCUAUGGCCCUAAUCACCUUUUCCAAGAAAGAAUUGGGAUAGUCUGGUGCUAAAUUGUGGCCUUGAGUCUCCAAAGAUCUGAAAGCUAUAGAAAGCCUGCAGAAAGCCUGACUGCCAGUGUUCUGGGCCCGUGGCAGCCUAGAGCCUGACCAAAGCUGGAGAAGCAGCACUGUCUGUCCCCAGACCUGCAGGCGGCCCGCGAGGACAGGGAGGCCGCAUCCACAUCUCUACAUUCUCGGCAUAAUUCAGGGCGUCCCCAGCUGCGAUGUCAGUGCACUUUGGAGGAGGGGCUCUUGUCAAGACGCCUCUGAUUGGAACUAAGAGAAAAACAACACGUGCUGGUUUAGAGUUUGAUGACUUUGAAAGGCAGAGGAAGACAAUUAGCUCUGACUUAAGCCAAGGUUUGUUUAUUUCACUUAGCUUAAGCCAAAUCUAAUGGUUUUCCGAAUUUAGGGAGGUCCUGUACUUGAGCCAUUCACAAAGAGACAGAGACACAUUCCUCUCUGCAAAUGCAGAUUUUCCCACUGGGGCUUCCAAGGCCUCCUCUUUCAGGCAGAGUUGCUGCUUGGGUGUUGAUGACCAAGCUGCCUGUAUCCAUCUCCAUUGCACUCCCUCGCUGAAUGUACUUAGACUUUCAAUCACUUGACUGCAGUGCAACUGAUUUUAAAAAAUUGACCUGAAAUACACCCUAGGGAAGGAAAAACCAUUUUGGCAGUUCACAAAAGCUACAGUCUACUUCAUACAUGGACCAAGGAUGUGUACCGGGCACUACUGUUUUAAUAAAGUUACCCCCCGCCGUUAGCAUUUGUGAUUUUUAAAAUUUGUAAACGAAUUCCCUGGAAUUACAU